UGACAGUUAAUAAAGAAACAGUGACAGCAGUAAUAAAAGCAAGUAAGGAUAAUGCCAUCUAUGUUUUUAUGUAUAAAACAUUAACUUGAAUAUAUAAACUUUUUACAUUUAAGAAAGAGGGCACUAGUAAUUUGAAAAUGUCGAUAUUGGAAUUGUGCGCGAGACGACUCACUCUGUCGCACUGCGCAAUCAACAAGCACGGAAAUAAUAAACAGCUGUUCUACAAUAUUCGGUCGGGCAACUCUGCCUGCCAUCAAGCAGCAGUAAGCAGCCGUAUGAUUGUGAUCACACCAGCCGUUUUCCUUGGAGUCGCGAUUGUUUAGACGGUUGCUUUCUCAUUGUUACAACGGUCACCGUGUAGUUCAGUCAAUUCUUUUAUUUUUUUUAUCGUAUAUUACUGCCACGGGUUACGGUAUUGACGUAAAAAGUGAGUGAAUGACUGUGAGCUACGUCGGUGCUAUGUUUACCAAAAUUCGUCGUUGUUAUUCUGACUAAGUUGAAAUGUUUCGUGAAUACGUGGACCACGAAGAGAUUUCCGCUGUGUUAUGUCUAUAGAAUCUCAUAGAAAUAGUGAUUUUAGUUUUAUUGUAGGUUAAUUAUUAGUUGACAAUGUCUAGCACAGUUCCAACCAGUUCUGCACUGAGGGCUUUGGCCCUAGAGUACAAAAGUCUCCAGGAGGAGCCUGUGGAAGGUUUUAGAGUGAAAUUAUUAGGUGAAGACAAUUUGUUUGAAUGGGAAGUUGCUAUCUUUGGCCCCCCAGACACUUUGUAUCAAGGAGGAUACUUCAAGGCACAUAUGAAAUUUCCUCCUGAUUAUCCAUAUUCACCACCCUCCAUUAGAUUUUUAACAAAAGUAUGGCAUCCAAAUGUAUAUGAGAAUGGUGAUCUAUGUAUAUCAAUCCUCCAUCCGCCUGUGGAUGACCCACAAUCGGGUGAACUGCCCUGCGAACGCUGGAACCCGACGCAAUCGGUGCGCACCGUCCUUCUAUCAGUCAUCUCCCUGCUCAACGAACCCAACACCUUUAGUCCUGCUAAUGUCGACGCUAGCGUCAUGUACCGCCGUUGGCGCGACUCCAAAGGCAAGGACAAGGAGUACGAAAACAUCAUUAGGAAACAGGCGCAGGUGGCGCGUAUGGAAGCGGAGAAGGAGGGCAUAGUGGUACCGCUCACUUUAGAAGAUUACUGCAUCAAAACUCAAGUCAAGUCGACGACACAGGAGCCCCAGUUGGAUAUGACUGACUUCUAUGACGACGAUUACGACGAUCUCGAUACUGAUUCUGACGAAGAACUGGAGGGUGGCGAUGGUGAUGCCGAUGACAGCGGCAACGGCGAGUCGUGAGGCCGGGCCCCCCUCACAAUCCGUGCCCUCACACUCCGCGCCCUCACACUCCGCGCCCUCACACUCCGCGCCCUCACACUCCGCGCCCUCACACUCCGCGCCCUCACACUCCGCGCCCUCACACUCCGCGCCCUCACAUUCGGUACCCCCACACUCCAUGCCCUGACUAUCGGCACUCCCCUCACGUCCCACAAGCUUUAGAUUUCUAAUUGGAACUAAUUAGUUCUACUGCUACAAUUAAUGCCAUUACUUUUCAACACAACACUCCUGUUUAAAAUAAGAACUAGAAAUAAAACCGCAUUAGUUCAUAGUGACACUACAGAACUCAUGGUAACCAUGCAUAAGAGAAACCCUAUCCAUCUUCGCUGCUGUCUGCCCAAUGCUUAAUGCCUAAGUAUAAUAUAAACAGGAAACUCCCAAUCAUAAUCAACUUUGUAAAGGAAGGAUUUCUGUUUUGUUUUCUUUCUUUACAAAGAAUGACCAGUUUUGCGAAUAAAACAAAUCUUUUUAGAUGUAAUUAAUGAAGUAGAACCCCACAUGG